CAGCAGAGUCUGGUUUAUCACUGGCGCAUCAUCUGGAAUCGGCCGCGCCAUAACAGAGCAUGUCCUUCGCCAGGGCGAUAUUGCCGUCGCAACACUACGCAAGCCCUCCGCACUUACAGACCUCGCCGCUACCUACGGCCCAAGCACCCUCCUUGUCGUCGAAGCGGAUGUGACCAACUACGCUCAAGUCACCACCGCGUUCGCCGCAGCGAAGGACGCGUUCGGCCGGAUCGACGUCGUCGUUAACAAUGCCGGGUAUGGAAUCAUGGGCGAGUUCGAGGGCACAACCGAGGGGGAUGCCCGCAAGAUGUUCGAUGUGAACUACUGGGGCUCGGCGAACGUCCUGCACGACAGCCUUCGAUUCUUCCGCGAUGUGAAUCCAUCCGGUGCAGGUGGAACGGUUUUGCAGAUCAGCGCAGGUGCAGGGGUCAUCGGCAUACCUGUCCACGCUCAUUACGCUGCUACUAAACACGGUAAGCUUCUACAAGGGUGACUAUAUUUCGGCACUGACACCCCGAGUAGCGAUUGAGGGGCUCGUUGAGUCGGUUGCCGGAGAGCUAGAUCCUGCAUGGAACAUCAAGUUAUGCAUCGUCGAGCCUGGAGGAUUCGACACAGCCGUAGUCAGCUCAAUGCCUGCACUGCCGAUUCACCCCGCCUACGCGACCAACGAGUCACUGGCUUCGACGUUCAUGAGAAAGGUCGUUCAAGGUGUGCGAUUCGACGGCGAUCCGGCGAAGCUCGCUAGAGUGCUCUACGACGUCGUGGAGUCCGGGGAUAUCCCCUCGCGCCUGCCUAUAGGCCUGGACGCUGUGUCGAUUGUGCGGAGCAAGGGACAGCGGCUGCAAGAUACGGCACAGAACAUGGAGAAGUGGUCAGCGGAUGUCAGACGAGACGAUGCAGAGAGCUACUCUAGCAAUCUUGAUGCCGUAGAGAACGGAGUCUUGGGAGGUAAAUGAGGAAUGUCGACCGUGUGUAUCUUCGAGAGCAAAUGCCAGCCAGACGGGGGUUUCAUGAAGCAAUGUGAGCAGUGCUGCGCUUCGGAAUACCAAGCUAGACACACAUGUUCACAGCUCAACAUUAGCUUACGCGUUUAUUGCGGGGCAUAUAGAUGCGGAUGUCUUCUGUCGCAUAUUCUCUCUUUGACUCGACGUAUAGAGAUAUUUCUGGUGCCUACGCGACGUGGGGGUGCAAGUCCAACGCACGCGUCAUGCCGCAGAGUUGCGUGUACAACCGGCAGUCACGAACGUCGCCUUGAGCGCCUAGCAUGAACCAAUAGCCCGUUCAUGCCGGUGCUUACUCACAUCAAGCUGGCCCCCAUAGCGAAUCAAAGGCAAUCUGCAUGGCCUAGAAGAAGCGGAAUGUGUGACUCAGCGGAGGGAAGGCUUCCUAUUGUCCGAGUCAGAACUGGUGCGCCGUGGUGGACCAAGGUUCGGUCCACAGGACUUCCAUUUCUCCACAGCAUCCCGCUAUCUACUCUAGAAUGAGCCAAAAAGUGUGGUUUGUCACGGGCGCGUCGUCGGGCAUCGGCCGGGCCAUAACAGAGCACGUCCUUAGCCAAGGCGACAUCGUGAUCGCGACGAUGCGAAAGCCCUCCGCCAUCGCCGACCUUGUCGCCACCUACGGACCCGCCGUUCUUCUCCCCGUCGAUCUCGAUGUAACCAACCAGGCGCAAGUCAGCGCUGCUUUCACCGCUGCUCGGGAAGCGUACGGCCGCGUAGACGUCGUGGUCAACAACGCCGGAUGCGGUCUGCUCGCAGAAUUUGAGGGCACUCCAGAGGAAGACGCGCGCAAGCUGUUCGAGGUGAAUUUCUGGGGCUCUGCCAAUGUUAUUCGCGAGGCCGUGCGGUUCUUUCGUGAGGUGAACCUGCCUGGGCUUGGAGAUGUAGUCCUACAGGUUGCAUCUGCUUCGGGAAUUAUCGGUGUACCAGCGUUCUCCUUUUACUCGGCGAGCAAACAAGCAAUAGAAGGGCUCGUGGAAGCUGUCGCAGGCGAGAUGGACCCCGCUUGGAACAUAAAGUUCUAUACCAUCGAGCCUGGAGGAGUUGACACUCCCGUGACGACUUCAAUGACAGUCACACCUAUCCAUCCCGCUUACGCUGCCAAGCCAUCACUGCCAGCGACCGUCAUGAGAAUUGCUACGGACGGAGUGAGGCUCGACGGAGACCCGAAGAAGCUCGCCAAAGCAGUGAGGGACGUGGUCCACUCGGGAGACAUACCCUCGCGCUUGUCAUUAAGGCUUGACGCGCUCUAUCUGGUGAAGACAAAAAUCGAGAGGCUCCGGGAAACGGUUCGGAGCACGGAGAAGUGGUCGGCGGACGUGAGACGUGAUGAUAUCGAAAGUUAUUCUGAAGAGCAUGAUACGAUACACAAAGGCGUCGCUCACCACUAGCAUGCUUUUGGACAUCUUCCAAUGUUUGUGGUAGCCACUGCGCCUUUCGAAGGGUUUUCAAGUUGUGGGUGCAAUGUGGGCGCCACUCAGGCUGUUGACGACGAUUUGUGAUGAUUUAUCCGAGGUGGAACCGAUCCCUGACUGAUGGGACACCAUCAUGGAAGCCCUUCGAUUGCCCUGGUCCUUUUCAUUUAUCAGCCCGCAGCGGUCGCGUCUCGUCCCCGCAUCUGCUUCGAACUACAGGUACACGGAUGAUCCGGUCCGCGACUGUGUAUCAUAUAUGUUCCCUCGUUCUCUGACUCGGGCUGAAAGCCGCGACACACCCCUCUCCGUCCGCAGCCUCUCAUGUCUCUCUCUGCGCCCUUGUUCGAUGCAGGCAAGGCCGUCGGUGACGCCCAGCUGGUGGCGUCAGCAGCUGCGGCGGCUCUUGUGAUGCCGCAACAGCCACGAAUUAGCGCUGAUGUUGCAGAUGGUCACUCUAGCACGAUCGAACUUCAGCCAGUCGCUCCCCAUUCGAGGAACUCCACCAUCGCACCCUCAGUGGGAUUCCCGUCGUCGCUUCCAAUUGAUCAUCCCACCAAAGCGCAGCGUGUACGAUCGCACGUACAACUUGCAGCGCUAUGCAUGUUUGUCUUCAUACAGGGAUGGAACGAUGCGUCGAAUGGCCCGCUCUUGCCGAGAAUACAGCAGGUGUACAACUUAGACUACGCCGUCGUCUCCCUUCUCUUUGUGUUUUCGUUCAUCGGCUUCAUAUCUGGAGCUAUAUCCAACGUGGUUUUGACCGAGAAAGUAGGCUUUGGCAAGCUGGUCGUCCUAGGUUCUGCUCUGCAGGCAACAGGCUACGCGAUCGAGGCUGCCGCACCUCCCUUCCCUGUCUUCGUUUUGGGCUACUACGUGGCAGGGUUCGGGAUGGCUUUGCAGAACGCCCAAGCGGUCAGCUACGUGGCCAAGAUGAAAGACAAACCUGAACUGAAGAUGGCAAUCUUCAUGGCGGUAUAUGGUCCGGGGGCGGUUCUCGCUCCUCUUGUCGCAACGCACUUCUCGACACUUCCCCGAUGGUCGUUCCACUUUCUCACAUCGCUUGGACUCUCCUUGUUGAACAUCGCCAUUCUGUCAGUCGUAUUCCGGUUCAAGAAGCAAGACGAUUGUCUCGCACAAAUCGGACUCGCGCCUGCCAGCGACAGGGGCACGAGCAAUCACAGCGAAUUCCGGCAGAUUCUCGCGUUGAAGGAAGUGCACCUGCUCACUCUGUUCGUUUUGUUCUAUAAUGGCGUCGAAGUCACUAUCGGAGGAUGGACAAUCACGUACAUCAUAAACGUUCGUGGAGGUGGUUCUGCAGCCGGUUACAUCUCUAUGGGUUUCUUUGGUGGCAUGGCGGUUGGACGCUUAGGGGGCCACUGGGUCAACAAGAAGGUCGGAGAGCGUCUUGCGCUCAUCGUCUACGCCAUCCUUGCUAUCGCGCUCGAGUUUGUCGUCUGGUUCGUCCCAUCACUUUCAGGUGACGCCUUCGCCAUCGCAGCCAUCGGACUCUUGAUCGGUCCGAUGUAUCCUAUCGCGAUGAACCACGCGGGCCGAGUCCUGCCUCGAUGGCUUCUGACAGGUGUUAUCUCGCUUUGUUCAAUGCGUGUAAUUGUUCGCAGUAUCGCUUACAAUCUUCCAGGCUCCAUCGGCUGGAUCGCCGGCGUAGGCCAAGCAGGGUCUGCUCUGCUCCCAUUCAUGGCAGGCGCUAUCGCGUCAAAGGCGGGCAUCGCGACCCUGCAGCCUGUGCUCGUGGGCUUCAUGGCGGUAAUGGCUGGCUUCUGGCUGCUUGUUCCCGCAAGUUCUCAUCGCCACGACUAAAGCGCUCGCCUUGCGGCGUAUAUUUUGUUUUCACAUUUGAAGCAAAUAGAUAAGAACCGACAAAUUAGAAUGUGUACAGUAGCUCAGUGCGCGUCAGAAGCGACACGCUGAGAAAUACUUGUACUUAGAACUUAGAAAAAAGGUCACUCUACCAUAUAGACACAUAGAUUGUUCUCAUAGACCAACGCACUUGCAAUGUUAUUUCUAC